GACAUGUAUUUUUUAGGAGCGACAUGCCGCCCGACCUUGGUGGCGACUGAAACCGCGCUAAAAGAAGAGGGCUAGCCGUUGGUCUGGGAAUGUUAUGAUACGCAUGUAGAUGUUAGGGAUGUGUAAUAACGCUGUUAACCAUCAGCUGAUGCCUUUAGCACAGGCCUACUAACACGGACCCGAUCGUGUUAGCGGUACACAGAACCGCAGACAUCGUUUCAUGGAUAAAUAAGUGGCGUCGGUAGAUCGUUGGCUCACAAACACCUGUUUGUUUCAACAUGUUUGGCCACGGACAGGCUAACGGGAUUAGUGUCAACAAAUUAGCAUCGCUCCACGCUUGUUUAUCUCAGAGAAGGUGAAAUGGUCCUAAAUCAUGUUUAAAGGCUGGCCGAGGCCUGCAUGCGUCAAUAACGUCAGCCAUGUUUUGGAAGUUUGACCUACAUGCUUCGUCCCACCUGGAGGCUCUGCUUGAGAAGGACGAUGUCACACUCACAGAGCUCAUGGACGAGGAGGAUGUACUGCAAGAAUGCAAGGCCCAGAACAGGAGGCUCCUCCUGUUCUUGUCUCAGGACAACUGCAUGCAGGAGCUACUGCGUCUCAUCACCACAGUGCCCCCUGCUGGUGUCGAGGAGAUGAAGCGCUUCAAGUAUCCGAACAUCGCGUGUGAGCUGUUGACCAGUGACGUGGGCGUCAUCAACGAUAAGCUGGGUAACGAACAGCCGCUGUUGGACACACUCUACGGCUUCCUGGAGCAGCCGUCACCACUCAACCCACUGCUGGCCUCCUUCUUCAGCAAGACCGUCGGGAACCUCAUCACACGCAAGACGGAGCAGGUGAUCAGCUUCCUGCGCGGGAAGGAGGGCUUCCUGUCCCUGGUGCUGAAGCACAUCGACACGUCGGCCAUGAUGGACGUGCUCCUGCGGCUCAUCAGCUGUGUGGAGCCAGCGUCUCUCAGACAGAAGACCCUCCACUGGCUGAAUGAAGAGAAGCUAGCCCAGAGAUUAAUAGAACUCAUUCACCCCGAGAGAGACGAAGAGCGUCAAUCCAAUGCAUCUCAAACCUUGUGUGACAUCAUUCGUCUGAGCAGAGACCAGGCCAAUCAGAUGCAAGAGAUCUCUGAAUCCGACCCGUUGCUCUCAGCCUUGGAGUCGCAGGAGUGUGUGGGACAGUUACUGCAGAACAUGUUCUCAGGGGAGAGAACCGAGAGCUGCAUCGUGAACGGAGUCCAGGUUCUGCUCACCCUGCUGGAGAUCCGGAGGCCGGUGGUCGACGGCGUCAUGGACGCUCAGGGGUUUGAGAGAAGUUACAACGUCAACAGCAGUAUCUUGUUGGCCAUCCAACCACAACUGAUCCACUUCCACCAGCUGCUGCUGGCCCCGCCCAAGUGCAGUCCCAUGCUGACCUCCAUGGGUCUUCUGGAGGAGCCUCUGGGGAACACGCGUCUGCACGUGGCGCGGCUGGUGGCCUCGCUGCUCUACACCAGCUCGGCCAGCCACGCCGUGGUGGCCCAGACCCUCUGCCAGCUCAACACCAUGGACGUGCUGCUGGGCUUGUUCUUUAAAUACACCUGGAACAACUUCCUCCACCUCCAAGUGGAGCUCUGCGUAGCUGCCAUCCUCAGACCCUGUGCCCACGAGAUGAGACUCCAACCGGACCUGGGAUCGCAGGAAACGUCCCUGCUUCCUCCACCCCAGGAGGCCGCAAAGGAGAAGGGUUUGUCCGAGGCCCUGAACUCAGACUUGGGAACAGCACAGAACCCUGAAAGCUCUGCUCAUAACACAAUGGUAGCGCAUGUAAGUGUCUCUCUCUCUCACGCGCUGCUGGAGCCCGAGGACACCGCGCCCCUGCAGGACCUGGUCCGGGCCCUGGAGGGGCGCGGCUACAGCUGA